CCCUCUCCUUUCUUCGUUUCUUUAGGCUUCAAUAAAAAAAAAAGAAAAAGAAAAGAAAAGAAAACUCUAAGUUCAGCCAUUUAAAUUCCCUCCCGAGUGCACGCGCCAUGUUCGGACACCCCACAUUUCCACGCGCCUCCCCGGAGUUUCUCAGCGACUCCCAGACGUCUCCUCCCGACGUCAUGUCGCAGUUCAACUUCCCCUCAUGUCCGUUAACUCAACUCACCGUGGCCGAGUCGUUCGACUCCGUGACCGAGGCUCUUCACAGCGGCAGCAGCAGCGGGAGCUACAGCUCGCCGAGCUCGCUGGCCAGUUGUUGCUGCACUACUCAGAAACCGAGCUCCAUGCAGAGGAGCGUCAGUAGCCAUUCUCUUCAGAAGAACGGACUCCAUUGUCAUUUCGCCUCGACCCUUAACGAGUUUAUUGACUCUGCUUCUGGUCCGGUGAGGAGAGUUUUCAGUACCGGUGAUCUGGACCAGGGAAUAAGCAUGGGGCAGCACAGUCGGAGGUCAGAGAGUCCAUUGUCAAGUGAGAGCAAUGCAAUCAUCGAAGGAAUGAGCAGAGCCUGUCGCUACAGUCCAGAGGAGAAGAAAGAGAGGAUCGAAAGAUAUCGAAGCAAAAGAAACCUAAGGAACUUCAACAAGAAGAUUAAGUAUGUAUGUAGGAAAACAUUGGCAGACAGCAGGCCACGAAUCCGAGGGCGAUUCGCGAGAAAUGAAGAAGCUGAAAAGAAUCCUCAAGGUGAAUGGAGCCACAUGGGGGGAGAGGAAGAGGAAGAAGACGAGGAGAGUUGGAUUAAUUUCCUAGAUUCACUCUCAACAAAUCUGAUUAAUCCUUGAUGUUAAAAGACUUUAUUAUGUGUCUUAGUGUGUUAGAAUUGCUUGUUUUCUUAAUAUUUUGAUGCAAUGUUUAAGUCCCUUUUCAGCUUCAAACAGUUGUAAAUAUGAUUGAUCACAACUAUUCAUAUGAGAAUUAUGGAAUUGCAAGCCUUACCCUA